CCCAACACAAGCUCCAGCUUUACACCACCGCCACCUCCGGGAGAAACAGGGAAGGAUCACCGGGAUCGGAGAGCCUCGGCUGACACGUUUAAAUCUCUUUAAACGUUUCUCUUUUAAUCCAAGCUAUACAAUCCGUGAUCACGACGGUGGUGCUACAUACCAGGAGGCCGGUAUGGGGGAGCACACGGCGUUUCUGCUCUUACUGGUGGCGACCUUGACGCUUUCAUCUGAGGUGCCCAUGGACGACUCUGUGGGUUUGCUAACUGAGCCUCAGGUGGCCAUGUUCUGUGGGAAGUUGAACAUGCACAUCAACGUACAGACUGGGAAAUGGGAGUCUGACCCAUCUGGUACCAAGAGCUGCAUUGGCACCAAGGAGGGCAUCCUGCAGUACUGCCAAGAGGUGUACCCAGAUCUACAGAUCACAAAUGUUGUCGAGGCCAACCAACCCAUCAGCAUUCCAAACUGGUGCAAGAAGGGUCGCAAGCAGUGCCGGAGUCACACACACAUCGUGGUGCCGUACCGCUGCCUGGUCGGGGAGUUUGUCAGCGACGCCCUGCUGGUUCCCGACAAGUGCAAGUUCCUGCACCAGGAGCAGAUGAACAAGUGUGAGAGUCACCUGCACUGGCACACUGUAGCCAAGGAGUCUUGUGGAGACCGCUCAAUGAAUCUCCAUGACUACGGGAUGCUGUUGCCGUGCGGCAUCGAUCGUUUCCGAGGUGUGGAGUUUGUGUGCUGCCCGGCGGAGGAAGAGCGCAAGUCGGACAGCGCGGAACAAAACGAGGAGGAAUCUGACGUCUGGUGGGGCGCAGCUGAGAACGAAUAUUCUGACAACAGCAUGACGCGCCCGGUGGACACGCAACCGGCUGCUGCAGAGGACGAUGAGGAUGACGAUGAGGAAGAAGAAGCCUUCGAAAGGGACGAGGACGGAGACGGCGAUGAAGAUGACGAGGAAGACGACGACGACGACGUCAUCGAUGAGCAGGAUAGCGACGAGCGCAGCGCCAGCGUCGCCAUGACGACCACCACCACGACCACUACUGAAUCUGUUGAGGAAGUUGUGCGAGCGGUGUGCUGGGCCCGCGCUGAUUCAGGCCCCUGUCACGCCAUGCUGGAACGUUGGUACUUCGUCCCCAAACAGGGCCGCUGUGCUCCCUUCCUUUUCGGGGGCUGUGGGGGCAACAGGAAUAACUUUAAUUCGGAGGAGUACUGCCUGACUGUGUGUAGCAGCUCGUUGCCCACCAUAGCGCCCAGUCCUCCGGAUGCAGUGGAUCAGUACCUUGAAUCGCCAGGGGAUGACAAUGAGCACACGGAUUUCCGAAAAGCCAAAGAAAGCCUGGAAGCCAAACACCGUGAAAAAAUGUCUCAGGUGAUGAGGGAGUGGGAGGAGGCAGAGAGACAAGUGAAGAAUCUUCCUCGUUCGGAUAAGAAAGCUGUAAUUCAGCACUUUCAGGAGAAGGUGGAAGCCCUGGAGCAGGAGGCUGCAGAGGAGCGGCAGCAGCUGGUGGAGACGCACAUGGCUCGGGUGGAGGCCCUGCUCAACAGCCGCAGGCGCCUUUCUCUGGAAAAUUAUCUCAGCGCCCUUCAGGCUAAUCCUCCACGGUCCCGACAGGUGCUGAGCCUGCUGAAGAAGUACGUCCGUGCAGAACAGAAGGACAGGCAGCACACACUGAAACACUACGAACACGUCCGCACCGUCGACCCAAAGAAGGCUGCUCAGAUCCGCCCUCAGGUUCUGACUCACCUCCGUGUGAUUGAUGAGAGGAUGAAUCAGUCUCUAGGUCUGCUCUACAAGGUGCCCAGUGUGGCUAGUGAGAUCCAAAAACAAGUUGCGAUUAUAGUGCAGAGAGUCCAGUCUGAGCUGUCUCAGCAAGUCUCUUCCCUGCAGAGCGACGGGCGGGUGGACGGCAGGGUGAGCUAUGGCAACGACGCGCUGAUGCCAGAUCAGGCCUACAGCUCUGCUCCGAUGGAACCCGGCCUGGACGGACUGGGCUUCAUUCACCCGGAGAGCUUCAACCAGCCAAACACUGAGAACCAUGUUGAGCCUGUCGAUGCUCGUCCCAAUCCAGACAGAGGACUCCCGACACGACCUGUUUCUGCCUUGAAGCCAGAAGAGAUGCCAGAGGUGCGGAUGGACACCGAAGAGAGGCAGAGCGCUCGAUAUGAGGUUUACCAUCAAAAAUUGGUGUUUUUUGCUGAGGAUUUGGGGUCCAACAAGGGCGCCAUCAUCGGGCUUAUGGUUGGAGGGGUUGUCAUAGCGACAGUCAUUGUCAUUACUUUGGUGAUGCUGAGAAAGAAGCAAUACACCUCCAUCCAUCAUGGUGUAAUCGAGGUGGACGCAGCAGUGACUCCCGAGGAGCGUCAUCUGGCCAAGAUGCAGCAGAACGGCUACGAGAACCCGACCUACAAAUUCUUCGAGCAGAUGCAGAACUGAAGGACCGCUGGCUGACGUUUCCUUCAGGUGUGCCCCGCCCGGCUCCACACGGUCACCGUCGCGCUCUCUUCCAUUCUGAUCCCUUGCCCUCAGCCCCUGCAGGGACCACGAGGGCGGCUGUCAAAGCUGGUUUUUAACGUUUCAAACAGAAAAGAUCAACCUUUUGCAUGUCUCAGUCAGGGGUUUGGGCCAAAGGAUGCUGGCAUGGAACGAAUAUCUUUUUAAUCUUUUUUUUUUUCUUGCUUGAUUGUACAGAGCUAAAACGUUUCCCCCCCUCAAGCAGACAAAGGUACCCCGGCUUACCUGCACGUUUCAGCCAAUCACAACUCCUCGUGGUGUUUGUACAGGAAAUACCUUUGUGUUUAUAUGACAUCAUCAUCUGCCCUCAGAUAACAGGUCGGGGCUCUUAGAGCUCCUCGCCGCACGACUGAAGUGUUUCAGGUCGGUUUUGCAUAAAAAGCAGAAAACAAAGAAAAAAUAUAUCCUCAAUCAAAAUAUAUUAAAAGCUGAUGAUAUUUAAUGUUUUGUUUUUUCAUGUGUAAUAUAAUAAGCCAGAGAUUAGCUGUAAGUAAAUGUAGUGCAUGGCAUUAUCGAAGAAUGUGGACGUCCUGAGAGCGGACCUCCCUUUAGAUAUUUUAGCAGGAUUGUAUAUUUCCAGUGUCAACUUUGUGAUCUCGUGAUAUGAAGGAGAAAAAAAAAAAAAAGUAUUGAGAAUAUGCUCUGCUUUGUCGUCGCACAGACUUGCUUUAAUUGAAAUCCGCUCAUCUCCAUGCUUCACUGUUGCGUUAGCUGCAUGGGCUAAAUGCUCUCUCCUCGUGUAAAAUAUGAAGUCUAGUGAAUCUGAAAGGAAGAAGAUCGUGUUACUCUUUGCGUUUCUAUGCACUCGUCAUUUCCGAAGCCUGACUAUUAUCACCAAAUAUGGAAAGCGUUAAUUUUGAUGCCGACUGUCGCCGCACUUUGUGAUGUCUUCUUUUGUUUUAGAACGAAGAUAGAAGGGGUAGUCCAGAAUUUUACAACGAGGUUCUGUGGCAAGAUCGCAAGCAGUUAGUAUCUUACCUGCUGUAGAUAAUUUAGUGUUCGCCUCGCUCUAACCCAUCAUGCUUCGUGUGAAUCAUGCGAACAACUUGAGGAUCAGCAUUGUUACACGCACAGCAAAGGUCACAGAAGAAAUCUGAAUAAAAAGCAGGAAAAUAUCAAGUUUUACUCUUUAAAUUGACUAAUAUGAACAGAGGUUCAGGCACAGCAGCAAGGAGAAACAUUGAGCUGCUUAUGUGUUGCAGGACCUCUUGCAGCUCUGCAUCUCUAAUAUUAGGAGGGUAAAAAUUCAAUUCAACUCAACAGUAAAAUGUGUUUCUAUGCUUUUAAACCUGCUGUGAGAGAAUCAUGUAUUUGACUAUUAUUAUUUUAUACUUUGAGCCACAGUCAUAUUUGCAGUCGGUGGGUAUUUCUACAAAAGGAUGGAUUAUUUACCUCAGAGGUGGAUAUUGGAGGCGGUGCGUCACCAAUGACCUUCCUGUGUGAAACACGUACUGAGAAUGGAACGUGUAAAAGCUUUUCUGGUCAGAAAAGUGAGGCAGUUUAAAAAUCAACAUUUUGCACUAUUUUUCUUAUGCUAUUGAUGUUUUUUAAGGUUUUGGAGUUGCUUUAAGCCUCGAGGAUCAAAUCACCUGGAUUGAUACUAAAUGAAGACACAAACAGUAAUGUACUGCAAGUAAGAUAUUAUCUGCUUCUAACCUCGAACAGAACCUCGCUCCUGGAUCCUGAGCUACCCCUUUUAUGUUAAGCUUUGGAAAGCUGUUUUUAGUAAAGCAUAUCAUUCCUGAUUUAACUAAUAUCUUGAUUGUAAAUACUUGGCCGACGGAGCAUCUAGGGUUGUUGAGCCACUGAAGUGAUGGUUUCCAGUUGUCUGCUCUUUUGUCCUCGUCUAAAAAUCCCCCAACUCCUCACAUCAAUCCUUUUUGUUUCAGAUCUGGCAGCAAUAUUGUACAGAGCAGGAGUUGUUAAUCAGACAUUACUUAGGGCAGUACUUACUGGAAAGUGCUUAGAUGUUCUCCAGACGGUUCUGUAUUUACACCACAAACAUUCCUUCACCAAAUCAACCCUUUCUAUUUUUCUACAUCCGCUGUGUAUACAUGUACAGUGCUGUAACGUUUCUUUCCUUGCAUAUCUGUUGUAAUGCUCCUCAAAGCGAAAGACGUGUUCAACUCCCCUUAAGUUAUUAUAAUAGUUACCAUGAAUGUGACAUGCAUAUAUUGCAUUAUUAUGAAAAUACAACACAUAUCACCUCUGCAAAUGUACAGACACCAACUGAAGCUCUUAAAUCAGGUGAAUGUUUAAUUAAAUGCUUUCCCCCCCCUUCGUUGUUUUAGUGACCUUACUUUUGUGUGUGGUUUGAAACAUUUGCUUAAAGUCAGAAAAGCUUUCUACACUCCCCCAUUCCAUAAAUAAAUUUUGAAUGUACA